AUGUUCGGGAGCGUCAAAGGUUUCGAGCCCGUUGGGAACUACGCCAAAGAAAAGGUGAAGAACCGCAAGUUCCAAUACGGCAAAGACGUUCAGUGCAGCUCUGAUCUACUUGUCGCUAUUAUCAUCCUUGAGCAAGCGAUUCAAGAGCUCGCGCAAUUAGAAGAUCAGUGGAAAGAAGAACACCAAGCCUCGCUAAAAAGUUUUUCGCAAGGUGAAGAUAUGGCUUGGAUCCAAGAAUGUGAAGAAAUGAUCAUGUAUCAUAGAAACUUGGGCGACUGGGUAGGGCGUAUACUUUACCAUCUUGAGGUUCGACUCCCUCGAGGAACCCUGAAGAACUCAUAUGAUAAGCUGCGGGAAGACCCUACUUGGUACCUUCGCAAGGAGCUUGUCAAAGACUGCGUGGCGAAGGAUGGGCAAUUAUUUGAGUUACGAGACCUCAUGGUAGAAAAUCUUAACGACCCGGACCCCACAUAUCUUCUAGCGAUGGCGGAUGCUUACUUUUUACCACCAGAGACACCGGGUCUCAAAGGAAAUGUUGUUCGGAUGUGUAAGCAAAUCAAAAAAGCCUUCAAGAUCAACUAG